AUGAUGAACAAGCAAGAGAAGCUGGAAGCCUUGGCCCAGUCCCAGAGAUAUGACAUCAUUGCUAUAAGUGAAACCUGGUGGGGUGAGUCCUGCGACUGGUGUGUCAUGAUGGAUGGUUACAGGCUCUUCAGGAGUGAUAAGCAGGGCAAGCGAGGCAGGGAGGAGGCAUUGUAUGUAGUGGAGGAGCUGGAGUGCAUGGAGCUUGUGAUGGUACAGUUGAGAGCCUCUGGAGGGUUCCCAAUUGACUGGAAGCUGGCAAACAUUGUCCCAAUCUUCAAGAAGGCCAAGAGGGAUGACCCCGCUUUAGAUACUGAGCAUGACGUCAUAUGGGCAGGACCUGACCACCUGCACUUGGCGGGGGCCUCCCGGGUGCCUCCUGUCCCCGGCGGCUGGCUCAGCCCCUUGCGGCAGAGUGGGGCGGCCGAGCCGGCUGACCCCCCCAGGACGGACCCUGCGGAGGCAGAUGUGGACUCCCUGGUGCCCACGCACGACGAGCGGGGCCGCCCCAUCCCCGAGUGGAAGCGGCAGGUGAUGGUGCGGCGGCUGCGGGCCCGGCUGGCGGACGAGGAGGCGGCGGGCGGCCAGGUACGGGCCGGGCCGCCCCGGGGAUGGGACGGGGCGUCCUGGCGCUUCUCGCCCUCCCGCCAGGCAGUGCUGGGCCCCUUCGGGGAGCUGCUGACCGAGGCAGACCUGCAGCAGCUGGAGCGGGCGGUGGAGAGCUUGCGGCUGCGGCGGCGGGGCGAGGCGUACCAGGGCGAGCUGCGGCGCCUGGCGCGGGAGCUGCGCGCCCUCCUGCCCGCCCCGCUGCUCAGCAUCACCGUCCGCAGCCCUCCGCCCGCCCCCGGGCAGCCCCUCCCCCUCUGGUGUGGCCGCUUGGCCGGCGCUGUCAGCAGCCUGGCCGCGCUGCUGGCCCACGCCGAGGGGGCGCGGGUCGCCUCCGCCGCCGCCGGCCCCGCCGACGCCGGCGGGCAGCUCCGGGAGACGGCGGGCAGUCUGGCGCAGCGGGAGAUCCGGCAGUGCGGGGUCUGCGUCCGCAGCCUCCGCGGCGCCUUCGAGCCCACCUUGGGGGUGGCGGGGGGCAAGGCGGCCGCGGGGAGCGGUGCUGAGGCCGCCAGCGACUCGGGCAUCAGCUGCGAGGAGGCGUUUUCCGAGGGCGGUGGCUCGCCGGGGCCGGGGCCGGAGCGGGGCAGCCUGAGGAAGGAGCGGAUCGUGAUGCUUUUCCUGAGACACUGGAGACGGUCCGCCUACGGCGCCCCCCGGCCGGCAGCCGGAGACCACCGGGAGGCGGCGGGGACCGGGGAGGGGGGGGCGGCCCGCCUGGCGCGGCAGAGAGCCGCCAUCCAGCGGCUUCUGGGCGGCUGGCGGGACUCUGCCUCCCGCCGCCCCCCGGCACAGCCGCCUCCCGCAGCCGGCCGCGCCCCGCUCUCCCCGGAGCAAUUCGUGGCGACGGCCGGGGGGGAACCGGCCGACUACGAGAGCCUGUCGCUGGAGCUCUUCAUGCUGGGUUAUUUCCGCAUCCUGGAGCAGGAGCUGCCCCCCGAGGAGCGCCGCGGCCGCCACCUCCUCUGCUUCGAGGUGUUCGAGCAGCUGGGCCGGCACGGCUGGCGGGCCGUGCGCGCCUUCCACCGCGCCGUCACCGACGAGAUCGCCGCCGGCCGGCGGGGCUGGCGGGACGGCUUCGACGACAUCAAGGCCAGGUAUUUCGGAUCCCCCCAGAGCUCGAUACGGCGGCCGGGGGAGGCCGGGGAAGACGAAGAGGAGAUCUGCCGCUACAUGGACCGCAGCUUCGCCUUCUGGAAGGAGAAGGAAGCCGAGAUGUUCAGUCCGGAGGAGUGAUGCCCGCCGGCAGGGUGGGCGGGUCCUGCCUGAAGUCGCGGCCUGCAAUAAACACUUUUUCGAUUCUGUCGGAGCUGAGCGAGGCUUCCCGGGGCGAUGGAGAAAGCUUUUGGGUGGCGGGGGACGGCCCCGGCACCCCGACCCCACCACCACCACCCCCGGGAUGGUGUCUUGGCCCCCGGCCCCCCGCGGCGAGGCGGCUGCCGCCGUUUAUUUGUGGCCGCCGAGUAGCUGAGAUAACAUCCUAUAUUUAACACUCGGCAUUGGCAGCCGCAGCCGGGGGUAGGAGGGACAUCGCGGGG